AUGAUUGAGAUAUCGACCUAUUGCCAAACUACACCAUGGAAUGAUAGACUCUUAUCCCUUUUAUCGGCUGUCCUGCUGAAUCCCAUUCGUCCUAACUUUACACGAGCCAUAAACGACAAGCCAACUGUGCUGCCAGCACAUAGACAAACCCAGAAUGUCGUUGGAGUUGUGAUAGUAUUGCCGCUCGUUGGAGAAUCUAACUCAAGCGUAUGGAGAGCUUGCAAACGGCUGAGAAGAAGAAUACAGAGGUUUGCGAUUCGAUACUCCCUACAUGUAACGUUUGUCAACAGCCAUCAAGCAAAAAAGGAAAACUUUGUUCAAACCUUGAACGACAUUGUAAAAGUCACCGACAGCUACUUUUUAGUCUCCUUCGAUGGAAAUGCAACUGUUUUCAAAGAUAUAUCAAGAAGUGAAGGGGAUCAGGGACUACGGCUCCUCGGGUUAGUGCUUCUGCAACCUGGUGUGGAACAGAAUGAUGGCCUUGGUAUAGUGAUUAGCAAUUAUAGUCAUGUUCCGAUGCUAUUGUUAUCACCAGAGGCCAAUGGGCAACUCAUCAAGUCAGCAAACAAUAGCAGUCCUCUUUUGCUCUUGGCCUUGCUUUCCGAUGAUCAUUGCCUUGGCCAUUGGGUCGACGACGAAAUGAUGGGAGUAUGGCUGGGGCGCACAAUUGCCAAGUUUAUAGAAGCAAUCACACUCAUGACGGCGAACGAGGAGAAGAACGAAAUCCUAUCACGUCACAGGUCAAAGCUGUAG